AUGAAGCUCUCCCUUUCUCUUGCAGCAAUCGCUGCUCUACUUCCCCAGGCACUCGGUAUCAGUCGCUGGGAUACCUGCGGUGGCGGAGGGGUGACCACUGGAAAGUGCGACGAUGGACUUGUCUGCGUCGAGCUUAGUGAAUACUACUACCAAUGCCUCAAGCUCGCUCCUCCCUACUCUCCUACGUCGACAUCGACAUCGACAUCGACACGUACAACGAGCACUACGUUGUCGUCGUCUACGAGCACCCUGAGCUCGAGCAGCUCUACCUCGACUUCUCAAUCAACUUCUACAAGCAUCUCGACGACGACUACGUCCAGUACAAGUUCUUCGACGUCCGCAACAUCGACAUAUGUCUGCCCCGGUGCCAAGAAGUUCAAGUACUUCGGAGUCAAUGAAAGCAGCGCAGAGUUUGGAUCUGCAAUCCCAGGAACGUUGAACAAGGAUUAUACUUGGCCAUCGCCAUCGUCUGUAGACUACUUCUUGGGCAAGGGCAUGAACUUCUUCCGUAUCCCCUUUAUGAUGGAGCGCAUGUCGCCACCCGCAACUGGCCUCACCGGCCCGUUCGACUCGGCAUAUCUCUCUGGAUUGAAGACUAUUGUCAACUAUAUCACCAGCAAGGGUGGAUACGCCGCACUUGACCCUCACAACUAUGCCCGUUACAACGGCUCGGUCAUCACGGAUGUCUCGCUAUUCAAGACGUGGUGGAAGAAUAUGGCCACUGAAUUCCUUACCAAUGACCAUGUCAUCUUUGACUUGAACAACGAGCCAUGGGGGAUCCCUGCCACGGACGCCGCCGCACUCAUGCAAGCCGGUCUCGACGGUGUUCGCGCCGCUGGUGCCACCCAGUCCGUCUUCGUCCAGGGAACUAGCUGGACUGGAGCUUGGUCUUGGGAGUCCUCGGGCAACGGCGACGCCUUCAAGACUAUUUCUGAUCCAUUGAACAACGUUGUCAUCGAGAUGCACCAGUAUCUUGAUACUGAUGGUUCUGGAACCAACUCCACUUGCGUUAGCCCGACCGUCGGUGCCGAACGUCUCCAAGUUGCGACCAACUGGCUCAAGGCAAAUAACAAGAAGGGAUUCAUCGGAGAGUUGGGUGCCGGUUCGAAUAACGACUGUAUCUCUGCUAUCCGCGGAGCGCUUUGCUUGAUGCAAACAUCCGAUGUCUGGAUCGGCUUUGCUUGGUGGGCUGCUGGACCAUGGUGGGGAAAUUACUACCAAUCCAUCGAGCCGCCGUCGGGUCCUGCCAUCGCCCGUAUCCUUCCCGAAGCACUGCUUCCUUUCGCAUAA